AUGAUUCAAAGCUCAGGAAAGAAAGAAAGCUCACCGGCCUAUCACAUACUGAAGCCAUUCUGGGAUGUCUUCUCAGACUAUAUCUCCAUUAUCAUGCUUAUGGUAGCAGCAUUUGGAGGCACACUUCAGGUCUCCCAAAAAAAAAUGACUUGCGUUCCUUGUAAAUUUGCAAACAGCUGUUAUAUUUCAUUAGAGACCUGGAUGAUCUUUUCCCAAUAUAUAAACUCUAACAGCUCACCUUCAAUUGUGCCCGUAGGCAUCGACUAUGACCUGGACGGGCAGCAAUACAGCCUUGUGGGUGUCCUCUGUUAUGAGAUCCAUAUGCACUGGUACUCCAAGUACUUUCCUUACCUUGUGAUGCUGCACGCUGUAAUCUUCCAAGUCUGCACCGACUUCUGGUUUAGAUUACCCAGUACCAACGCCAAGCUGGAACACUUCCUCUCCAUACUUCUAAAGUGCUUUGACUCCCCCUGGACCACACAAGCUCUCUGCCAGGCUGUUGAAGAAAGUGAUCCCCAUGCUAACCACAAAGAAGAUGUGGAAUCCAAUCUCACUCUGCUCCAAAGAAGCAAACCCCUGGUAGAGCAGGGUAUCGUGGAUAAUCAGAAGUUGGGUGCCCUUGAGAAAGAAGAAGGGGAGCAGGCAAAGGCACUAUUUGAGAGGGUAAAAAAUUUCAGGAUACAUGUGGAAAAAGGAGACAUAAUUUACAAACUCUACAUGCGUCAGAUAAUCAUUAAAGUUAUUCUUUUCAUAGGAAUUAUCUGCUACAACAUUUACUUUGUCCGCUUUAUUAGAUUUGAUGUGGCAUGUAGGCUUAACACUGAGACUCUCACUGGAUAUCGAAUGUUCCAUUGCAUCUACCCAAUAGCACGGAUGUACAAGUUUUUGGCAUCCUUCUACAUUGCCUUAGUAGGCUUAUAUGGACUGGUAACUUUGUACACACUGUGGUGGAUGCUAAGGCGCUCCCUGAAAAUAUAUUCAUUUAAGUCUAUCACAGAGGAGAGCAGUUACAGUGACAUUCCAGAUGUAAAGAAUGACUUGGCUUUCAUGUUGCAUCUCAUUGAUCAGUAUGAUCCGUUGUACUCCAAACGAUUUGCUGUCUUCUUGUCAGAGGUCAGUGAGAACAAGCUCCGUCAGCUCAAUCUCAACUAUGAGUGGACGUUGGAUAAGCUUCGUCAAUACAUUACUAAAAAUACCCAGGACAAGUUAGAGCUUAAUCUCUGUAUGCUUAGUGGAAUACCUGACAAUGUAUUUGACCUGAUUGAGGUGGAGGUGCUAAAACUGGAUAACUUUGGAAGUAUCACAAUCAGUGUGAAUAUCGCCCAGCUCAAGAACCUGAAAGAGCUGUGGUUGGACUGCAAAGCUGUUAGUAUUGAUGUGCUAGCCUUGACCUUCCUUCAAGACAAUCUGAAGACCUUACAUAUCAAAUUCAUGGAUUUCAAAGAUAUCCCGUUAUGGAUUUACAACUUGAAAUCACUUGAAGAGCUGCAUUUGAUUAGUAUUUUAAAUGAAGAGAAUAAAAAGCACCAUGAUAUUGAUCCUCUUCGUGAGUUAAAGAGACUAAAAGUGCUGAGGCUGAAGAGCAGCCUUAAAAAGAUACCUCAGGGGGUGGCUGAUGUCGGUGCUACUUUGCAAAAGCUGUCAAUCCACAAUAAAGGCACUAAGCUGAUGAUUGUCAACAAUCUUAAGAAGAUGGUGCAUCUCAAAGAGCUGGAGUUGAUACGGUGCAACCUCGAGAGGAUACCUCAUGUUAUAUUUAGUCUUGUUACCCUGCAAGAAAUUGACUUAAAGGACAACAACUUGAUUAAUAUCGAGGAGAUCAUGAGCUUACAGCACCUCCACCGUCUCACCAGUUUGAAGCUCUGGUUUAAUCAGAUUUCUUCUAUACCUAUCCAGAUAGGAAACCUAGAAACCAUUGAACGGCUAUAUCUAAAUAACAACAAGAUAGACUAUAUCCCAGCUCAACUCUGCUUUUGUCGCAGGCUCCGGUAUUUGGAUUUGAGCCACAAUUACCUCAGUAAUAUCCCACCUGAAAUAGGACUACUCCAGAAUCUGCAGUACUUUGCUGUCACUAACAAUCAUAUUGAGACGCUGCCACCUGAACUAUUUCAGUGUAUCAACCUACAGACCCUCAACCUUGGGAACAAUCAGUUGGAUUCUCUGCCACCAAGAAUCGGAGAGCUCACCAAAUUAACUGAGUUGGAACUCCGUGAUAAUAAGCUAGAGCGCCUUCCAGUGGAGCUUGGAAUGUGUCCUCUUCUCAAACUCAGUGGGCUAUUGGUGGAGGAGGAAUUAUUCAAUGCCCUCCCUCUGGAAAUAAAAUAUAAGCUAGAAAGUUAG